AUGGGAAAAGAUUUUAGCAUAAAUUCGAUGUUAGUACACGUACUAAGGAUUGGACUCACAAGUAACUCGAGUAGUAAUUUUGUUAAUCAUAAACAACUCAGGGCUGUGGCCAAAUCUACAAAACUUUUUACCGAAAAUAUAAUUUAG